AUGAGCAGGUUGCGUUUGGGAUUAACUGCCAAGGCAAAAAAUAUUCUGCACCCCAUUGAAACGCCCAGAGUUUCACUUUCCUACUUGCUACGAAGUAGUAUAACAGUAUGUUCAAACCCCGUUUUAAUAUCAACAAGUUUAUUAAAACAUGAGAUUUUGCCCGCUCGACAAUUUUCAUCCACACGAUAUUACUGCGAUGGAAUAAUACGUGACACUUCUUUGAGCCCACAAGAAAUUCAUAAAGAGGCACUUUAUAGAUAUGAUGAAUUUCUCAAAGAAUGGAAAUAUUUUGAAGGCAUGUCACCCGAUGGGUUUACACCUGAUAUAAUUACAGAAGUGUCCAAAUUGUUUAAUUGGCUUUAUGCUAAUGAAGAGCUCGAGAUAGGAUAUAAGUUGCUCUGUAAUGUUAAACCGCAUUAUAGAGCGUUUUUCAAAUUCAACCAAUACAGCAAAAUGAUUGAUAUAUUUGACAAAUUUGGAACUUCGGAUGAUCUAUUCCUAUUCUGUGAAACUUUUAGGUACGAGAAAGUGCCGAAUGUAUGGAAAAAACUUGAUCGGUUAGCUUCAGAUGCUACAAUCAGACAGUUAAUAGAACUUUCCAAUGCAAUAGCAUUUGAAGAUGCCAAAUCGAUCCUUGAUAACUUAUUUUUUGACAAGGGGUUAAAAGAAGGCCAGAAAUUUUUCACACUUCGUAUAUGCUCAGCUUUGUACAGACGCUUUGAUUCAAACUCCAAAAUGGAACUUUAUCGAUAUCUUAACCAGUCUACCCAUAUGAUGCAAUACUUUCCGCCUUCGUUAAUUUCACAGUUGUUUGUCACGUAUUCUUCAGAAAUCGAUAAUCGGUUUGAUUUGCAGUUUGCAUUUUUAGAAAAGUUUAUACGCCCUCAUUUUGAUAAAAGCAACAUAGAUACAGAUUCCUUUAAGUAUAAACUGAUAUCUAGCAUUCCCAAAGAUUAUCCUACUUUGAAAUUUAAGCUUUGGUACGAAUUCUGUUAUUAUGGAGAGGAACUAAGAUAUGACAACGAAAUCCCCUCCAUUUUGUACUUGAAAAAUAAUAAGAUACAUUACGUUCCUAGAAAAUUUGAAGCAGUUCUCAAUUACGAAGAAAGAAAGCUAAGCAGGGUAUUAUCGGUUUUGAUAUACACUCAUAGCAAAUAUGAAAGUAUACCAAAAUUGGCCUCGGUAUUUUUUCUGUUGAAGAUCAAGUUAUCAUUGAAUAUAACAAGAUCAGAUAAAAUUGGAUAUCUUAGGUCAUUAAACACUUUGAAACAAGACUCAAAAGCUAAAACAUUUCUUAAUCAAUGUCUAGCAGAAGAUCCAACAUUUGAAUCAGAGGAGACAUUGAACCCAAUUUUGUUAAUUUUAGCACGCAAUAAGGAAUGGUCUGAAUUGGAGAGCUUAUAUUUCAAGUGUUUUGCACACAACGAGGCGGUUACUAAGGAACAAUACACUAUCCUUUUGACUGCAUUGUCUCUGCGUGCAGGUACUAACAAGAUAGUGAUGGAGUUAUGGGAAAAUUUUCUCAAAAGGGGAUUCAGUCCAAAUGACCAAGUUCUCUGUGCUAUUAUUCAGUGUUUUCUUAGAAACAAAUCCUACAACGAAGCUUUGCAAUGGUUUACUGCGUAUUCUCAUUAUAAAGUGGAACUUUCUCCUAGAUCUUAUGGUUUGAUGCUUCAAGCAUUGACUUCAAUUGGAGAUGUUCAUUCUAUGCUUUUGGUACUCGAUGAAUUGACCAACAAAAACGCAAGAUUACAUAAGUUUUUUUUUCCUCCUAUUUUUGAGAAACUUUCUGAAAUAGGGGAUUACAAGACAGUGUCCUUGAUCCUUACAGACUAUUAUCCAAAAUUCAAUUUAGCAGUAGAUAGAGAAGAUACGAGAUGGAUAAUGAAAUGCCACUAUCAUGCUCAAAGGUAUAACCUUAUAGUCGAUAGCUACCUAAUGAUGCAAGAAAAUGAAAUACUGUACAAAGAUAGCUUGUUAGCACUUGAAGCUGCGAUUAAAUUUAGUGACGUGAAAAUGUUUGAAAAAAUCUGGUCAAGGGCUUACAAUAUUCAUUCACAGAGAGGCGAUUUGGAUAUUAAAGCUUACAUUUCAUACAUGGCUUAUUGGGUUAGAAAAAACGGCUCUUUUGGUAUUGUCUUGAAAUUGAAUGAAAUCAAGCAAAAACUGAAAAUUGAGAUACUUCCUGCAAUUGUUUUCAACCAAAUGAUAUUUUCUGCAUUCAGAACACACAGACCUUGGCUAACUAAGAAGAUAGUCGGAAUAUCUCUUAGAUUUGAUGUUACUCCGUCACCAAAAAUGUAUUCGCUAAUAUUGCAAAGUAAUGUGUCGAUGCCAUGGGUUGCAAGAAAUAGCAUUGACGAAACUAUAGUCAUUCUUGAAGAAUUUUUGACGAAUAGAAGAGUGGAUAAAUUUGGUAAGCUCAAUGAUGACAUAAAUCCAAUGUCUUUUAAGCUAAUUAUAAAAGCUAUAUUAGAGUACAAAAGCGUAGUUGAAGCUAGAAGAUUAUUUGAAAUGUAUGUUGAGCUAGCAAGAGAUAAUUUGCUAGAUAAUGUCCAUAUCUUAAAUAUAGAAUUGUUGUUGUUGGGGAAAGAAGAAAGAUGGGUUGAUUUCAAUAACUGUUAUGAGAGGUUUUCUAAAAUUAUCAUGAAAUAUAGUGAACGUGCAAGAUUCAAAGAUGAAAGGUUGGCUAGUAAGUUUAACGAGUCCAGUGAAUUCAACAGAUUAGAUGUGUUUAAUGACUCGUAUUUACAGAUUCAAUAUGACGAGUCUAAAUUUUCCAAAACUGAUGCACAAGUUAAGAUACCCAAUUGGAUCAAGAAAUCACAUUAUGAUAUCUGGAUAUAUCGACUCAAACAACUUGAAUUUUUAGGUAGGUUGAAUGAGGUUAAUGAGAUCGUCGAAGAUUUGAUGUCCAAGGGUAUCAUAUUCAGCAACAAAAACUUAAAUGAAACUGCUCUAUUCUUAAGCGAGCAUCCCGAGUUGUUAGAGGAAACUGCAACCUUUCUAGAUACCUAUCUGUUACCUCAUCAUAUUCGAAAUAAACAUAUGAAGCACAUGUCCUUAAGGUAUGGUACUGACCAAAUACCAGGAAUAAUUACUAAACCGGUUUAUCGUUUGAACAAUGACGCCUACCCGGCUAUAAUGAAAAAUAUCUCGAUCAGUUUAGACACCCAAUUGACCCCAGAACAAAAGGAAUUGUUUUUGUCUAGUAUUACAGAGUCUCCUAAAAAAUACCUAAUGAAGAACUUGGGACAAAUGAUGAAAGAAAGAAGACACAUGCGUAGUAGUUACCUACGAAUGAGAAAGCUUCGUAAGAUUUUCCACAGGGAUUUGAGGAACAAGUUGAAGGUGAGGACUUUAAGGACCAAGAGGCACAUGAGCAUGCGGAGGGUAGAGAGACAAAUUGGAUAUGAAACUAGGAUGUUGCAAUGCAGAACAGCCCUAUCUGAAAUCACCAAACAGCUCCACACUUUGACUGAUCUUGAAGAUUUGCCAAGAAGUAGUUUGUGUUCAAAGAGUUCCGAGAAGCACGAACUACUCGAAAAGAAAAAAUCUCUAAAAAUGGAGAUGGAAAAACUGAAUAAAGAGAGGGAAGAAGCCUUCAAAGAAAUGAAAAGAAAAGAAAGAGAGGCUAGAAGGAAAAAGACACAUUUUGUUGGAAGCAUUGACCUUAAUAGACUAUAA